AUGGACCCUCGACCCUCAGCUCGGCUCACGUCCCUGCAGCGCUCGCUGCGCGACCUCGUCUUCCAGCGGUGGCUCGACGGCCGGUGCGAGGACCGCGCGGACACGCACAAGGCGGUCGGCGCCGUGGACCUCUUCGUGCCGUUCUUCCCUCUCGACAGAGCCGCCGUCGAGGCGGUCGUCGCGUCGCACCUCAGGCGCGUUCUAUCUCACACUGGUCCCCAUACGACCGCGUUGGCGUGGGCGCGAAGCGUCCGACGCGCGCGCGCGGGCGAGCUGCGAGGGCUCUCGUGGGACACGCGCGUGAUCGAGUUCCUCGCGAGUCAGGUGGAGUUCGAGCGCGGGUACGCGAUCGAGGGCGGGAAGGAAGCGCCCGCGGUGUUGAGCCGGUUCGUGACGCGGGCGAUUCGGAAGUUGACGACGGCGCGAGGCGGCGGCGGCGGCGGCGGCGGCGGCGGGGGACUGAGCGGCGCGCGCGUGCGUCUCGCCGUCGCGGAUGACGGCAACGAGCUCGUCGCGAGCGUGGAGAGCGAGGAGGAGGAGGAGGAGGAGGCGCGCGCGGCCGCGGGAGAAGCGUAG